CCCUUUCCCUUUCCCACUCCCACUCCCACUCCCACUCCCACUCCCUUGUCGUCCACUUGCCUGCUCUGGAUCUCGAGCUGUUGACUGUCUCCUCUCAGGACCCGUCCGCCAGACCCACAAUCCCACGCGCUGAGAACAAGAUGGAGGAGAGCAGUAGCUGCUGUAGAACAAUGUUUGGGGUUUAAAGAUUCAAAGAAACGAACGAAAAAAAACCAACAACAACAGCAACGCGUAGCCAGUGGCGGCCAUGCACAGAAUAGCAGAGCUGGAGUCGAGUCACUGGUCUUCGAGUCCAAGUCAAAUUAAAUUCUCUGUUGGCUCCAGUUAGGUUUUUGCCUCCCAUCAUGAGUAUUAUUCAAGACAAACUUGGCAACGAGUUCCUUCGGAACGGCAUCAUGGAGCCUAACUUCCCACCCAGUAUGAUAAUGUUCAGCCACCUGCCGCCAGUGACCAGCUUCACCCGCAUCGCUGCCCAGUCUGUCAUGCAAGACAUGACUCAGGAGAUGGUCCUCAAGAAAGAGCGCUACUCCCCCAUCGAGAAGACACAUGGAGACUUCAUCCACACAAUGGGCAUCAAGCAGGAGAAGAUGACUGAUCAUGACUACAGAGUACCGAUGUAUGGGAGCUCUGGGAAGAAUUCUGAUCUUGAAAUGUCUCUUGGAAACCAAAAUAUGUUAAUACAGGAUCUGAGCAUGAAUAGAGAUCUAUCCGGUAGAUUAGGUAAAGAAUCAAAAGAGUAUUCUGGAAAGAAGACAAGGAGAUCUAACCCAGACUCCCAGGACACAAAACCCAGGAGAAAACGUGGGGAUUCUUCAAAGUCUACAAUGAUGGAUGGAGAUGGUGGGAGCCUUUCUCCAAGUUCGAAACCUCACGUCUGUGAGCAUUGUAGCGCUGCAUUUCGAAGCUCCUAUCACUUACGCAGGCAUGUGCUCAUCCAUACAGGAGAGCGGCCUUUCAGGUGCAGCCAGUGUAAUAUGAGUUUCAUCCAGAAGUACUUGCUACAAAGGCAUGAAAAGAUUCAUAGCGGAGAGAAGCCGUUCUGCUGUGAUCAGUGUAAUAUGAGGUUCAUCCAGAAAUAUCAUAUGGAGAGGCACAAGAGGACACACAGUGGAGAAAAGCCAUACAAAUGUGACACCUGCCAACAGUAUUUUUCAAGGACAGAUCGACUGUUAAAGCACAAACGAACCUGCGGAGAAGCCAUGAAAAAAGGAAUAGAGCCUGGGCUGUCGGAUCAGAGCAGCGGAGUAAUUGGACACAGCAGCUAUGAAAUCUCUCAGGGAAACACAAGUGCUUCCGGACGCAAAAAGGGUAAAUCAAAAAACACUUCCAGUGAACGUAAAAAGAAGAAAAUAAUUGAAACACAGAUGUCAAGCAACCUUAACAUGCAGGACUAUGCGGUUGAAAUUCCUGUUGUGUCUUCAAGUAACAGUCUGGCAGGCACUAGUAUGCAUGACCUGCAUGCACGGGCACCUAAAUUAGUCUUCAAAAAGGUCAAUAGGAAAAGCUUGGAUAAGAACGAACUGCCUUUGGGGGCUACUGAAGCUGACCUAUUAGGUCAGAAGGUGCUGUCUGAAAAGCAGGGCUCUUUAGACUUGGACAACAGCACAGGGCUAGACGGAAUGGGCCUCCUUCAAAGUUCUGCUUCCAAACAAGGCCAGACCAGCAGCAACUAUGAUGAUGCCAUGCAGUUUUUAAAGAAACGGAGGUACCUACAGGCUGCAAAUAAUAGCGGGGACUAUGGUGUAAAUGUAGGGCACAUGGCCUCUCAGCAGACAGUUAUUCAAGGUGUUGUGACCAGUGUUAUGGACAAUGAAGCCUCUCUCAAUCUUCUUGACACCUCUCCCAUGAAUGUUGACAUAAAACCUUGCCAUGACAAGUCUGGAAUACCCGAUGAAGUGUUGCAAAGUCUUCUUGACCACUAUUCCCAAAAAUCUGAUGGCCAGCAUGAGGUUCCUUUUGAUAUAACUGAUCAGCACGUGGAUAUGCACUCCUCUGGGAACAACCCUGAGAUUGGCCAGGAGGAGAAUGUGUGCUCAGAUUCCCCGUCCUCGUCGGGAGACAAAGCCGUCAUCAUGCACGAAUAUUCUAAAUUCCUCCUCCAAGCUUUAGAACGAACAAGCCACAGCAGUACCUUCCCUUUAGGGUCUGGAGGACCUUUCACCAAUCUGUCAUCCACCCACCCCAGCAAUACCUUGUUUUCUGACAAGAACGUGUACACUACACCCCCUCUCGAAUGCGGCUUCAGCCAAUCCGUUACCUCAGUAUUACCUGCCCCAUUGCCAAAGUCCCAUUUUGGAAUGCUGGUUGGAUCUUCCCAGCCCAGCUUCCACUUGAGCAGCAUGGAGACGACCCAUCAACAGCUGACCCCUUCACAGGAGCUCACAGACCAGAUCGAACAGCAGCAGAAGAACCUUGAACCCUCAUCGAACUACCCGAUCACGCCUCAGGAGCCGAGUGUCCAGAAAGAUCAAUCAAAAAACACUCCGUCCAGCUACCAGAUAUCUUCUCAGGAGCUGUCUACCCACGUUGAGUCCUCCAAAAGCGUAGACCUGCGAGCGCCGUAUCAGAUUGAGAACUUUGCUCAGGCUUUUGGUUCUCAGUUCAAGUCAGGUAGCAGAGUGCCGUCAGCCUUUAACAGUAACUCUAGUGGAGAAGUUGACCAUAGAAUAAGGACUUCAGUGACAGAAUUCUCAGGGUACACUAGUUUGUUGUCUGAUGUUAAUGAGCCAGUUAGUACAAGAGCAAAGACCACAACAAGCCAAAGUUACAGGUAAGGUCCUAGGAGUGACCUAGUUGGAGGUUUUUGAUUUAUGAUUAUUUUUAAUUACACUGCCAUUAUAAUGUUUCUACAAAGUCUUACCAGGAAUGGUAUAUGUGACGUCCUUCCAAUGCAUUAUUUUUUUCAUAUUCAGUCAUUAUUAGUGUAAUAAUGUUAGUUCAGAUCGUAUAAUUAAUUUUAAGCAAAAUAGGCUAGCUGAAUACUGGCUUAAUUUUUUAAUGAACCUAUGUGUUUUAGCAAUCAACUUUACAAUUGUAAAAAAAAAAAAAAAAAAAGUGACAGGGAAUAGCCCAGAUUUAAAAUAGCAAAAAAAAACUGUUACAAGGAUAUUAAGUAUUACUCAGGAAAUAAAGACAAAUGUAAUGAGGGAUAUUCUUUGGGACAUACAGCAUGCGCACACAGAGGUGCAAGUUUGUGACUAUGUAAAAGGAGCUUUUUUAUUCAAUAAAAAUACUGUAACUACUGCCCA